AAAUGUAGGCCUUACUUUCAUAAAUCGACAUUUAUGUAGAAAAAUGUUUGCCUGGAGUAUAAUAAUGUGGACAAACAUUUCUAUUUUACAGUCGUUUAUUAAAAAAAAAAAAAUACAACAUUUGAUCUCUUCUUUAGAGAAUGGGACUAUUGUGCUACUUGUCAAAUGUAGAAGUGAUGGCGCAAAAUUGUGACGUCAAGGUUCAUGACGUCAUUUAUCAAACGCUCCACUACAGCAAACACGGCGGGCAAUACUAAAGCAUAAUGACGCAUGUUUUGAUAUAAAUGUAGAGCGAAAGUGGCUGUAUAUUCAGACUGUAACAUGCAAUGUGUAUUUACAGCAUGUUUAAAGUCUUUGUGUUUGCCUUUGUACUUAUCGCGGGUAGACGUGGCGCACAAGUGUGACGUCAUCAGACAGACGGACAACCCAUAACUCCCUUUAAGUUGUCCACACGCUGAAAACAGUUUGGCCCAGCGUUUUCGAAAGUGUGCGUUUACAGAAAUAUGUGUCUUAAAAGUGUUCAAAUGGACAUGACCCAAACAUUGCUUUAUUUGACGCGUCACAUUCCGACCUGAAACAAUGUGUGGAGGGCGUGGACGUGAUGAAGACUUUUCCUAUGUCAGCCAGGUGGUUAAAUAUGCGCUGUUUUUAUUCAACUUCCUCUUCUGGCUCAUCGCCAUGACAAUGAUCGCUAUUGGCGUUUACGCCCGCGUGGAAAAGCAUGCGGAGACGGCCUUGGCGUGUCUUUCGGUGGACCCCGCCUUGAUGCUGCUGAUCAUUGGCGUCCUCAUGUUCAUCAUCACAUUCUGUGGCUGUGUGGGCUCGCUGAGGGAAAACAUUUGUUUGCUGCAGUUUUUCUGCAUCAGUCUGACCAUCAUCUUCUUGCUCCAACUGGUUGCUGGUGUGCUGGGAUUCGUCUUCUCAGAUAAGGCGCGCAACAAAGUCACCAAAAUGGUGACCAACGCCAUCGUGCACUACAGAGACGACAUCGACCUGCAGAACCUCAUCGACUUUGGCCAGAAAGAGUUUGGCUGCUGUGGUGCUGUGUCGUACGGCGACUGGUCCAAAAAUAUGUACUUCAACUGCACUCCGAGCAAUCCCAGUCGGGAACGCUGCUCUGUGCCCUUCUCCUGUUGCAUCGUCACCAAAGACAAGGUGAUCAACACCAUGUGCGGUCAGGGCAUGCAGGAGAUGGAGUACAUUAAAGCAGGUGACCACAUCUACACCAACGGCUGCAUAGACAAAGUGGUGGACUGGAUCCACAGCAACCUUUUCCUCCUUGGCGGCAUCGCCCUGGGACUGGCUAUCCCUCAGCUGGUGGGCAUCGUCCUGUCUCAGACUCUCAUUAAUCAGAUUAAAGACCAGAUUGAGCUGCAGAACUACAAGUUCCAGCACCGCACGGACCCGUGGCGCUGAAAGCAUGGCGCACACUAGCAGGGUCAUGUGAUUUGUUCCAUUUCCCAGGUGAUGCCACUUGUUGCUCGGCGGGAUUAGUUGGAUGCAAUCAGGAAACAAAGUGGUCACUCGGCAACUGCAACCUCUGCCCCACACCACACAGAAAGGACAGGGCGAGUCGGCCUGAAACAGGAAGUCAGAUAGUUGAUGAAAUGAUUGCAAACAUUUAUUUUUGUUGUUGUUUUCAUUGAUGUAUUAUUAUUCUUCCAUGUCGUUUUUCGUCCUCUGUACCGACCACAUUUUUCAUUUCAUUUAUCCCGUUCCAACGUCAAAAUGUUCGGCCCAUUCAGGACACGCAGGCUUCUUUAAACACAAUUUCCUAAAAUUCCCAGAAUUCCAAGUUUUCCGAGACAUUUUUCCAAUUCAAAGUGAAUGGGCCAUUUUUCAAACUUGCACAAUUCCCACAUUUCCCAACUGACUCAAACCGAUCCACACUCCACCCAGCCUGGACAUUUAAACCAACAAAUCCUUCUAAAAAUUCCCCGGUUUUUACCGGAAUCCCCACUUUUAAAUGCCACCUUUUUUACCUUUUUUGCUUUCGAUGACUCCUCCCACAUUUUUCAAUGGAUUUCAACUGUUUCACCAUACAAACAUUCCUCUUAGUUAGGACAGUUUCUAAACAUGUAUUCUCUAUUAAGAAUUUCUCGACCGAUUAAGAAAAUUCCAACACCAGCCCAUCCUGUUUACACAGGACAUUGUGUCCUAUGUCCCAAAUUCUAAUCCUAUGUCCUAUGUCUAUGUCUAAUCUAUGUCCUAUGUCCUAUGUCUAUGUCCUAUGUCCUAUGUCUAUGUCUAAUCCUAUGUCCUAUGUCCUAUGUCCCAAAUUCCAAAUACACUAUAUUGCCAAAAGUAUUUGGCCACCCAUCCAAAUGAUCAGAAUCAGGUGUCUAAAUCACUUGGCCCGGCCACAGGUGUAUAAAAUCAAGCACUUAGGCAUGGAGACUGUUUCUACAAACAUUUGUGAAAGAAUGGGCCACUCUCAGUGAUUUCCAGCGUGGAACUGUCAUAGGAUGCCACCUGUGCAACAAAUCCAGUCGUGAAAUUUCCUCGCUCCUAAAUAUUCCAAAGUCAACUGUCGGCUUUAUUAUAAAAGAAAUGGAAGAGUUUAGGAACAACAGCAACUCAGCCACCAAGUGGUAGGAGUUUAAAAUUUGGUGGAGGAGGAAUUAUGGUGUGGGGUUGUUUUUCAGGAGUUGGGCUUGGCCUCUUAGUUCCAGUGAAAUUAACUUUGAAUGCUCCAGGAUGCCAAAACACUUUGGACAAUUCCAUGCUCCCAACCUUGUGGGAACAGUUUGGAGCGGGCCCCUUCCUCUUCCAACAUGACUGUGCACCAGUACACCAAGCGAGGUCCAUAAAGACAUGGAUGACAGAGUAUGGUGUGUAUGAACUUGACUGGCCUGCACAGAGUCCUGACCUGAACCCGAUAGAACACCUUUGGGAUGAAUUAGAACGGAAACUGAGAGCCAGGCCUUCUCGACCAACAUCAGUGUGUGACCUCACCAAUGCGCUUUUGGAAGAAUGGUGGAAAAUCCCUAAAAACACACUCCCAGAAGAGUUGAAGCUGUAAUAGCUGCAAAAGGUGGACCGACAUUUUGAACCCUAUGGGUUAGGAAUGGUAUGGCACUUCAAGUUCAUAUGUCAGUCAAGGCAGGUGGCCAAAUACUUUUGGCAAUAUAGUGUAUUUCUCCGGUUUUCCCAACAGUCCCAAAUCUCAAGGGAAUUCCCAUUGAAAUGAAUGGGGUUGUUUUCCUGUGACACAUGCUUACUAUUAGCAUGCUAGCAUGCUAACAUUAGUAUAGUAAUGUUUUUAGCUGAUUUUGCAGCCGUACGUCUCAAUCGUAAUACUUGGUACUUGAGACAUGCUAACUUGUUUAGCUAAUUGUGCAGCCGUACACCUCAGAGUCAUAUAACCUGCUACUUGACACACGUUAACAUUAGCAUGCUAACCUUUUUAGCCAAUUUUGCAGCCGUAUACCUCAAAGCCAUGAAACCUGAUAUUAGACACAUGCUAACGUUAACAUGCUAAACUUUUUACGCCAGAAUUUUUUCCUAAAUGUAUACGUUUUGACUUAGUAAUCAUUGACUAUAUUACUUGGCGCCAUCUUGAAAGUAUGCUAAAUAUUCUUAUGUUAGCAUGCUAACCAUAUCAUGUUAACGUUAGCAUUCUAACGCUUUAUGUUUGCAUUUUAGCUAAUUAUGUAUGGAUGUUUUAUAACUGUUACCAUUCUAAAGUCAGCAUGUUAACGUUUUAUGAUAGUAUUACAGCAAACUUUUUUAUGUUUAUAGCUAAAAAUCUCCAAUUUCAUUACUUGUGACUCUCGGAAGUUUUGUCAACUUUUUUAAUGUAAGCAUACUAAACUUUUUUCCAGCUAAUCAUACACUUUGGACUCAUAUUGUAUGUUCAUUAACACACAAUUAACAUUUCCUUAUUUGAAAUAAGUUAAAUUCAAUUUACAUUCCACCAGCUUUACAGUUCCAUCAGCAAUUCAGUUCAGCUUCAGCAUUGGAACAUUUACAUGUAGUUUUUCUAAUUAUUUUUUUCCCCCACUACACCGCUAUCUGCUGAAUAUGGUGGAAAUACACAUUUUGGUUGCUUUGAAAGAUAUUAGAAUUACUCUUGCAUACUUUUUACAACAAAUUAUCAGGUUUUAUGUGCUUGUUGAUCUUUAUUUGACAUUGAAAACAAAGCCAGUCAUACGUUUGGACGCAAUUUCUAAUUGUAUUAAAUGAGAGUUUGGCCUAA